AUGGGAUGUUUAAUGGUCAACCAUGGAGAACAGCACUGCACUGUUGAACCUCUACACUCUCCACCAAACUAUAAACUCAUCCCGUCCGUCUUCUCCUUUCCAGACGUCCUCAACUCCAUCCUCCUCGAACACCUCGAACACCUCCUCCUCCUCCUCCCCCUUCCUUCCCCUCCGCCCGCUGACCUGGUGAUUUCCCCAAAUGUGGCCUACAUGGCGGCGGAGCUCAUCAUCGCCUUGCUCUCGGCAAUCGGCAAUCUCCUGGUCUGUGCCGCCGUGGGCCUCAACCGCAAGCUACGCACCGUCACCAACUACUUCCUGGUGUCGCUUGCGGUCGCUGACGUCUGUGUGGGCGCGGUCGCCAUCCCCUGCGCCAUCCUGACUGACGUCGGUUUACCGCGUCACAAUCUCUACCUGUGUCUGCUCAUGCUGAGCGUUCUGAUAAUGCUCACCCAGAGCUCCAUCUUCAGCCUGCUGGCGGUGGCCGUGGAGCGCUACGUGGCUAUAUUCAUGCCCUUCCGCUACCAGGUCUUGAUGACGCCUCGUAACGCCUUGUUGGUGAUCCUGACCACGUGGCUGCUGGCCUUUCUCAUCGGGCUCGUGCCUCUGAUGGGCUGGCACAAGACCCCACCUGAUUCAGGCUACUGUUUCUUCGUCUUGGUGGUGGACAUGACCUACAUGGUCUAUUUCAACUUCUUCGCAUGUGUUCUGGCCCCGUUGGUGAUCAUGUUUCUCAUCUACGCCAAAAUCUUUAUCGCAGUCCACCGGCAGGUGAAGCGCAUCGCCUCGGAGCAAAGCGGCAGAGGGGAGGGGCAGAUGAAGGCUGCGGCCAGCAUGCGCAGAGAGAUGAAGACGGCCACCUCGCUCUUCCUGGUUCUCUUCCUCUUCACCAGCUGCUGGAUGCCCCUCCACAUAAUCAACUGCUUCCUGCUUCUCUGCCCAAACUGCCCCGUGCCGCUGGAGCUGCUUCUCGCCGCCAUCAUCCUGUCACAUGCCAACUCUGCUGUCAACCCUUUCCUGUAUGCGUACACGAUGACGCCUUUCAGAGACACCUUCAAGGCCAUUUUCAUGUGCUGCAGGACGUUGAGAGUGAGAGAGGCUUUCAAUGAACUCAGCGGUGAUGAUUGA